AUACGGACAUGACAUCAAUUUGUUGUGGAUGCUGCAGUUUGCUUCCGCAUUCCCCAACCGCCAGAGCUCCAGCUCCAGUGCCGGGUGCAGAGCAGUGCGAGACUGUUCGGUGAGGAGAUCCAGCGGCAGACAGCAGACACAUGUGGCGGGAGAGGAGCGUUCAUGGAGCCGCAGCCGAGCAUCACUGGAGUUUGGAGGACCAUGACUUGAAGUUGGCUGUUAUAUCAGCGGAGUGACACAGGAGCAGGUGAAGGGAAGUGAAACAACAUGGCCGUGUUCAAGCCUGAAAAUGUGGAAGACUUCUACGAGAUCGGCGAAGUUCUGGGAAGUGGGCAUUUUGCUCAGGUUCGAAAGGUUCACGAGCGGGCUACCGGGACUUACUGGGCAGGCAAAUUCCUGAAGAUCCGCAAGAACACAUGCAGCCGCCUGGGCCUGGACCGGACCCGGCUGGAAGAGGAGGUGGACAUCCUGCACACCAUCCAGCACCCCAACAUCGUGACGCUCAAAGACGUGUUCGAGAGCCGAGCUGAGGUGGUGCUCGUUCUGGAGCUUGUUACAGGAGGGGAGCUGUUUGACUUCAUUGCUGAAAAGGAGAACCUGCUGGAGAGUGAGGCUAUCGAGUUCAUGGAACAGAUCCUGAAGGGGCUGGGGUUCAUGCACAGCAAGAACAUCGCCCACUUUGACCUCAAGCCAGAAAACAUCAUGCUGUCAGACAGAGUGGCCCCCCACCCCAACAUCAAACUCAUCGACUUCGGCCUCGCACACCGCUUCCAACAGGGGGAUGAGUACAGGAGCUCCAGCGGCACCCCACAGUACAUCGCCCCUGAGGUGAUCACCAGCGAACCUCUGAGCACAGCAGCAGAUAUGUGGAGCAUCGGAGUUAUUACCUUCAUACUACUGAGCGGGCUCUCACCCUUCCAGGGCGACACUGAUGAUGAAACGCUGAGGAACAUCAUCAUCAUGAACUACGAGUUUGCUGCUCAGUACUUCAGCAUGACCAGCUCCAUGGCCAAAGACUUCAUCCAGAAGCUGCUGGUGAAAGAUCCCAAUGAAAGGAUGACGGCAGAGGAGUGUCUGCUGCACCCCUGGAUUAAGCCUAUCACACGCACACAGGUGGCUAAAAGGAAUCGAUCCUCGAUCAAUAUGAAGAGCUUUAAGAAGUUCAACGCCAGAAGGAAAUGGAAGAUGUCCUAUAACAUGGUGUGGAUGUGUAACCGGCUGGUCCGGUUGAAUCUGCUGUGUAAGGGACGCUCAGAGGCAGAUCCUCUGGAGAGACAAUGUGAAAGCGACGUAGAGGACGGCGAGAGCAAGCCUGCCUCCCUGCUGCGCCGCAGACUCAGCAGCAGCUCAUAAACUGGAGGGGGUGGUGGUGGUGGGGGGGGGGGGGGGUUGUUGGACACAUCGUACAAGCACAGCCUCAUCCUAUAAGCAUGUGUUUUGGAAGAGCCUCAGUGGACAGACCAGCUGAGCAUCCUUUAAUGAUGCUGCUUGUGUUCAGGUGGUUACUGCAUCUCUUUUAAUAUCACAAAAAAAGCUUUGAGUAGAUCUUCUACAGAACAUGUUUACCUGGUUUUAUGUCCAAGUCUUCCGUGACUUUUAUGUGAAUGUUUUCUUCUCGUCAGCCAAACACAAAGUUAGCGUUUACUCCUGUUGAGAUGUUCCUGUGAAGAGAUGGAAAUACCAAGGGGAUGUAUUUUUUCUACACAGAUGUAUAUGAAUGCAGAAUAUAAUAUAUAAAGCUGUAUAACUCAGACUUAUUUGUGAAAUUGUAAUAUUUAAUAUAGCCCAUUCUUAUCAUAUAUUCCCAAAUGUGCCAUAGGUUGUAUGCAUGCCCCGUGUUACUUUGCCAAGAGCAUUAAUAAAGAGUCUUGUAUUCUCUAUCAUAAGAAUGCGUUUAAGCAACACAUUUAAUGUACAGAUGUGCACAUCUUCACAGCUCAAGGUUGUGAGGGUUAGUUAAGCCAGAUACAGAACGAUAUCCAGGUUAUAGUCUGUUUCCACCUCAUAGAGUGCCGAAAUGUAUAGAACGAGUCUCCAGCACAUAGAAACUGCCGGAUGCUAACCUGCAUAUGUUGGGCAAUAAGCAUAAGUUGCGUUAAUAAGCAUUAAUUAAAAUUAUAGCUUAUGUGGACAAUUAAAAAAAAAUGUCUUAGCCAAUUUGGACAAUUUAAGAGUAUUUGUUGGGGUUAUUGAGUCCAUUUCAGACAUGUUCAGUAUAAAAAAUGACAGUUUUAACAGGGAAAUGCAAAUAUUUGUACUCUGUAGGCUGAUUUUGAUACAUUUUGGGUUUGUUUGAAAAAGUUAGGGGACUCUGGAUCCUUUGGAUUGGACAGAUUGCUUAUUUAUUUGAAUCAUUGUCCACAGUAGAGAUAAUCAUGUUCAUCUUGUGCUCUCUAUGAUUGCAAAACUGCUCAUGGAAUUCAAAGUAAUAUGGCCACUUUUUGGUUAAAUCUGCCAUUUUGGAUUCUGAAAAUGUCAGAAAUGGAUUCAGCUUCCUCAAUAACCCCCAAAACCACUCCAAAAUUGUCCAAAUCGUCUAAGCCAUUUUUUUUUUUACUAAUGUUUACACAAGCCAUUCAUUUGGAUGAACACAGCUUAUGCUAAUUGUGCUAAUUGCCAAACAUACGCAAGUUAGCAUCCGGCAGUUCCUAUGUGCUGGGGACCCUACUAUACAUUUCUAACAUAAAACUUUGGGGUACUCAACAUUUCGGGGUUCACUAUAGGACUCUAUGAGUUGGCAGACUAAUGUGUUGAAUUAACUAUGACCUCAGGUUUGUUGACUCAGCUUGUUUGCAACCUGUCACCAGCAGAAUGUCCCACAAUCCUUCAGUGUUCUGAUCACAAUCUUGAGCAUUUCCUGGUGCGCUGGCUCAUUUAGUUCUCAUAUUUUUCCGCCCCAGUUAAUUGUUAGCGAUGACACCCUGUUCCCAGGUCUCAAUAUUACUUUGGUGAGUACACUGAUGGAGUUGAUAAAACCCAGGUGGACAUAAGACGUAGUUUUUCUUAAAAGGGUUACUUUUGUAAGAUAUGUGUCAGAAUUUAAGUCUACAACAUUAAAACACAUCAUGUGGAGAGUUUUACGUUUUGUCAAAAAUGUUAAUGUAUGAUGUUGCAGAUAAUUCUGCUGAAACUAGCAUGCUAACCGAUUGACAAAAGAUGGAGGCCAUUUUGUCGUUGCUGCCACAACACACAAACUAUCAAACUCUCAGUCAAUGGUCACAUUGACUGAGAGUUUGAUAGUUUGAGGAGAAAGCUGGAUGGCAGCAGGCUGAUAUCUUGAAUGAUGUACGAUAUUUUGGAUUUAAUAAACUGCAGUUAUGUUUA